CGAGCGUGUUGUAUUGAGUUGGCGCCAUUGCACGUUUUCGUGCGGUUGACAAAGUUUCUCAUAGUUAUUGCUACUUUUUGGCUGUGUUAGUGGGUUAACUUUGACACAAUGGCUGACAAAGACGCUGCCUUCGAUGAUGCUGUCGAGGAAAGGGUCAUCAAUGAGGAGUACAAGAUCUGGAAGAAGAACACGCCUUUCCUGUACGACCUGGUCAUGACUCACGCGCUGGAAUGGCCCAGCCUUACUGCUCAGUGGCUGCCAGAUGUCACCAGACCAGAGGGGAAGGACUACAGCGUGCACAGGCUGGUUCUGGGAACACACACUUCUGAUGAGCAGAAUCACCUGGUUAUUGCUAGUGUUCAGCUCCCGAACGAUGAUGCCCAGUUUGAUGCCUCACACUACGACAGUGAGAAAGGAGAGUUUGGAGGUUUUGGUUCAGUAAGCGGAAAGAUAGAGAUUGAGAUAAAGAUCAACCACGAGGGAGAAGUAAACAGAGCCCGCUACAUGCCUCAGAAUCCCUGCAUCAUUGCCACUAAGACCCCCACCAGCGACGUGUUGGUCUUUGAUUACACAAAACACCCUUCCAAGCCAGACCCAUCUGGAGAAUGCACCCCAGAUCUGCGUUUGAGAGGCCACCAGAAGGAAGGAUACGGACUCUCCUGGAACCCGAACCUUAGCGGCUGCCUCCUUAGUGCCUCUGAUGACCAUACUAUCUGCCUGUGGGACAUCAGCACAGUGCCCAAGGAGGGAAAGAUUGUAGAUGCAAAGACCAUUUUCACAGGCCAUACUGCUGUGGUGGAGGAUGUCUCCUGGCACCUUCUCCAUGAGUCACUCUUUGGAUCGGUGGCUGAUGACCAGAAACUUAUGAUCUGGGACACACGAUCCAACAACACCUCCAAGCCCAGCCAUGCAGUAGAUGCGCACACAGCUGAGGUCAACUGUCUUUCCUUCAACCCCUACAGCGAGUUCAUUCUUGCUACCGGCUCUGCUGAUAAGACCGUGGCUCUUUGGGACCUGAGGAAUCUGAAACUUAAGCUGCACUCAUUUGAGUCUCACAAGGACGAGAUUUUCCAAGUUCAGUGGUCCCCUCAUAACGAAACCAUCCUGGCCUCCAGUGGCACUGACAGAAGGCUUAACGUGUGGGACCUCAGCAAGAUCGGAGAGGAGCAGUCACCAGAGGAUGCUGAGGACGGUCCUCCUGAGCUGCUGUUCAUCCACGGAGGACACACAGCUAAAAUCUCAGACUUCUCUUGGAACCCCAACGAGCCAUGGGUCAUUUGUUCUGUAUCAGAAGACAACAUCAUGCAAGUCUGGCAGAUGGCUGAAAAUAUCUACAACGACGAGGACCCAGAGGGAGCUGCAGAUCCCGAGGUCCAGGCAUGAGUCCAGUCUCCACAUCUCUUCAUUCGACCUGCUUGUUAAAAAUGGAUCCAUUUUCCAGCGUUGGGUGCAUUAGCAGUAAAGUCGUCUAACAGCACAUUAUUGGCACUGAUGACAGCUCAAGGAAAGAUGCUGUUUUUAUCACCAUGUUGUGAACCAUUUAAAGUAAGUCUGUAUCAGUCUUAUCCUUAGAUCUUUGCAGUUUUUCAGACUCUGAGUCAUCAGUUUGGCUUGUGGUGAAACCGUCGCUGAUGUAUCCAUUAGCUUUCAGGUUUGCUCUUUGAUGGUCUCUCUUCUUGCAUCUUGAUAAGUUGUGCUGAAAACAUUUCUAGGGUCCAUUUUUAAUGAAAUUGUACAUAACCUUGGCUUUUCUUGAGAUUUCUUGAUGAAUUUUUCCAGACUGUGAUUUGUCACUUUUAUGUGUUUUUCUUUUCUUCUGCAAUAUUUUGUCCCAUGCUGCAUCUGAUCUCCUGUGUACUUGUGUAUAUUCAUAAUAAAAUAUUUACAGAGAA